CUAAAAAUUUGUUUUGUAGAUAUGUUUAUUUAUGUAACAAACAAAAUUACAUUCACAUACGGAGACAAUAGCUACGUAUAUCUACAUAUACAAAUAACAAAAGUAUUGUUCAUUUUUUGUGUUACAAUAACGAAUACAGUUACGACUCAAUUAUUUUUAUCAAUUUAUUAAAAGAAAACUUCCAAUUAGAGCGAAAUCAAGCAGUCGUUUAGUGGCAUGGAGCAAAUCAGUCCAAUGUGUCGGGCAAUACUGCAUUUAUUAUGUUUUAUUUUUCUCUCAGAAAGGGCGUUCGCCACCGGAGAUGUAUCAUCAUUCCAAUUGCUCGCGAGGCUGUCUUUCCCGACUGUUGAAACGAAACCGUACAACAUGCCGGGCCCCAGCGAGAUCAACCCUCGGGGAAACUAUGGUGACGAGAAAUUCGAGAGGCUACAAGAAUACUAUACCUACAUGAACGGGCGGAUGAAGGAGCCGCACAAUCCGACCGAACGGAAGGAGAUCCUGGAGACUGCUGAGAAGAAGCUGACGGCGUUCAUAGACACCCACAUAAAGGAUCUGAAGCGGCUGCUAUUCGCGACAGACACAUGCCUCAUGUCCAUGGUGCUACUGAAGCUGAACAAGAAGAUGGACACGUCGGAGCAGAAGAUCAAGACAACAGAAGCGAAGAUACCGUUCGGACUGUAUACUAGUCCUGAAUUCAAGUGCCUAGGGACCUCUUACUACAUUGUCUCCGCACACAACCAAGAAGACGCCCAGAUGAUUCUUUCCAGCGAGAGGAAGCCACAUUGCUACACUUUUAGAGGUGCCUUCGCAUUCAACGGCUACUACCAUCGUCACUCGGAGACGACGUAUGUAGGGCCCCACGCCGAGCAGUUCCAAGCCAAGGACCCGAGCCAGGGCCUCUACUGUCAUUCAGAUGACAACUGGAGCGACGCACAAUGUAUUUACAAGGUGAACCCACGCGAGGAGUUCCCGGAGUCGGUGGAGUACGAGCCCAAGGUCUCGUACUGGUGCGGCCCUUACCGCUACUUCAUUCCCGCCACGACUGAGGUCCGCUGCAUCUUCUCAAUCUUCUCCAUGAACUUCAUCUUCAGGUUCGGAUACGACGGCGUCACUUACAAGAGCUCGGAUUUGUCGUUUAUGUACCAAAACGGCCAGGUGUUCUACACGGACGAACCUUGGGCGGGGAUGUCGUGCUGGAACUGGGCUUGCAAAUGGCGGCACAAUCAGAACAUGCGCUCCAACGAGUUCUUUGUCAACUGA